AAAUUGUUAUGCUGUGUAAUACGUUUCAGUGAUGACCUAAGCGGUCUCUACACUAUUAAUGCACAGUCGCCCUUAUUUCGUAUACGCGUAUUUUUUUUCAGUUAAAAAAAAAAAAAAUGUUAUAAAAAAUAUCUACAAUGUCCUAGCAAACCAUGCAAUAUUCAUACAUAUGUACAUCAUAAAUUUUUUUUAAACUCUCAAAUUGUUUCAUCGUGCGGAGUACGCCAGUCGGUUGUGAAGAGUUGGAAAGCUGAAAACAAUUAAAUCGAAGACAAACGAAAAUAAGGAAAAUUAAACCAGUUGCCCAGUUGAGAAACCUAUUAAGGUUGCAAAAUAUCCACAUAUACAUAAUUCAAGCAGUAAUGGUCUUGGUGAGCAACGAAUGGCUGAACAAUAAGGAUGACGGAAGCCAGAAGCCAAACCCAGCAUCGCCCACAACAUCACCAGCACCAUCACAAAGUGCAGCAGCUUUAAGCAACAGGGUCAAUGCUGGAUCGCUAGCCGGAGGAGAAACAACAGCAUCGACGACUGUAAAGCGGAAGAAAUCCCAGCAGAACAAUACUAACAUGGAUACUAUGAAGAAACUAGAGCCGGACCAGCUCUUUCAACUGAUGGAGCGAGAAAAACACGAGCUGGAGUCGGAGGACGCUAUCAACAACGAGGAGGAGGAAGCUAUGCUAGAAAACCAAGAAAACAACAACAUACAACUUUGCUGCGAUUCCAACACAAGCACAUUGCAGAGUGCUAGCUGUCCCGAUCGCCGGACUACAUCGCCUCAGCAGAUGCUACAUAUGGCUAUGAACUCUGUACUGAACGCCAACAAUGCAAACAGUGUUGGGGUAGGAGUACCUUCAACGGCAAGUCUGUUCAAUUCGCUGAGUGCACUCCGUGAACCGCCGGCAGCACAAGACUGCGGUACUUUGCUAAUAGCGCCUGGGCCAGCAAACACCGACUUGGAGGCGUCUACCGGUACAGGUGAAGCAAAAAUCGUACUGCAUUGUGAGGCUAAGUCACACAAGUUCGAGACCCGAUCGAUACUUCUACAGCCGAACCAGGAGUGCAAGGUGGGCCGUCUUAUUGCCAAGAGUAAGGCGAGCGAGAACAAUGCGAUUUUUGAUUGCAAGGUCUUGUCUAGAAACCAUGCAAUGCUCUGGUAUACGGCGGAUGGACGUUUCUGGGUCAAAGACACCAAAUCGAGUAACGGAACUUUUAUUAAUGACAACAAGCUAGGCAAUGAUCCAGCUGAGUUGCAUUAUGGCGAUAGCGUCAAGUUUGGCGUUGAGGUGAUAGAAAAUUCGCGACAGGAAGUGCACGGCUGCAUUAUUGCCCGUGUCACAUUGUUUUUACCUGAUGGCCGUGAAGCCAUUUCGAUUGAAUCUGAGCAGAUGCUGUUGUUGACGGGGCCCAAUCGCAUCAGCUUUGACGAAAUCCAGCGCCUAAAUUCUUUCCUUCAAGAAGCGGCGCAGCGGGAAAAGACACUGAAGGCAAAGCUAAGUAGCUUGCAGGGGGUUCUCGAUUCGACGCGGAAGAACUCUGCCAUGUGUUGGCAAAGCAUGAUAACUGAGGAUCAGUUAAUACACAAGAUAAAUCUUUUGGAAAAAAAAUUACAGAUGAUGGAAAAAAACGUCCCGGAGAAUACAUUACGAAAUGAGAUUGUUAAGAUGCUCGAGGACAAGACCACAUACCAGUUGACUGCCAAAGAGGCCUUGCGCAAAGUCUAUCAAGAGCGCUGUGAUGCCAUGCAAAUGUAUUCAAAAAUGGAGAUGGCCUAUGCCACCACAGAGAAUGAGUGCGGAAUAUUGCGCGCUCAAAUUGUCACUUCGAAGCAGGCAUUGCAGGACUAUGAUGCCCGGAUAGAAGCGCUUCAGAAAGAGUUCGUCGAGUAUAAGCAGGAGUCCCUGCGUCAGCAGAAAGAGGCUAAAGAUCAAGAGGAGCAUAAUUUGGGGGAGUUAAAGGAGCAGUUGGUCACACAGGACCGUGAAAUGGAUGAACUGCGUCUGCAGGUCUCACAUCUUCAACGGACUAUUGCCGAGCAUGACAGCGAACAGAAGUUACUGGAGCAGAAUGUCUUGGAACAAUUGGACUCCGUUAUACCCGACGAUGAUGAUGAACGUAACGACGAUGAAGACGAUAAUGACGAUAACCAUGCCACCAGUUCCGAAGAAAAUUCUGAUGUGCCGGAGAAGGACGGAUGUAUUAAGUGGACAGAUAAACUGAAAAAGGGCAAGAAGUCCAAACUAAACGAAGUCGACCUGAAAAACAAAGUAAUUCGAAAGUCUAGCGUAUUGAAGUUGCUAAAGAAUUCCGAUCUCAACAAGGGAGAAGGCGGCUCCGCAUUGCUGAGAGCCAUAUUUAAUGAUAACGAUGAUGAUGACUCCCAGUCUUCGUUUGUACCAGCUGAGCUUAGUGCAGGCAUUAAGCGAGAUGCAGCUGAUGAAACCGCCAGCGAUGAGUUUAUUCAUAACUCGCCCAAGCACAUGCAGCUUAAUGGCACCAAUGAAACGUCGGAAAUUGAGCUUUCUGAGGUUCAUAAGUUACAGAGCCAAGAAACUAUUGUGUGCCACGAAAAGGAAGAUAAUUUUCUGCCGGAUUUGCCCACACACCAAGCCAUCGAAAUGUUACAGGUGGAAUGUGAUAUGUACAAGGAAAAGACCGCUCGCCUAACUGGCGAUAUUCACUCUAUGCAAGAACAGAUCGAACAGCUAAAGAACCAGCUUGAAUUGGAGAUUGAGUGCAACGCCAAACUUCGGUCCCUCGAAGAUCAAUCUGAAAAACUAAUCGAAAAACAGCAGCGGAUGUCAUCGGGCCAGGACGGCACGGAAGAAACUUGGAAUGACGACAUCGCAACUAUGAACAGUUUGCAGAUGGAGCGUGAGGAGGAACUUAUUGUUUACAAGGAAAGAUUGGAACAGUUGGAGAUAAGCAACAUGCAACUUCGCACUGAAAUAUCGAACCUUCGCCUUAACCAGCAGCAGCACUUGCAAACUGGCAACAAACAAAUUCUACUUCAACGAGUCCUGCCCAUAGGCUGUGUAGUUUUUGCUGCCCUUCUUUGCUACUUUAUCUCCAAUCGUAUUUAAGUAGUUAAAACUAAAGACUAUCAAACCUACACUAAAUGAUAUGGGAAACAAUGGGAGUUUGAGCUGUUGGAGCCACUUGCUUCUUGUAGUUUUCAUGAGGAGGUGCAAAUGUGGAUAGUUGGGAGCAUUUGCAAACAUAAUAAUAUAAUUUUUGCUUACUUUUUGUUCAAGAAUCCUUUCAGCGCAAAAUUAAGAGUCGUAAAUUCGAAUAUAAGCGAAUAAUAAACAAAUAAUCGAAGAACUCAUCUAAAUUUAAAUCGAACUUUAUUUUAGUUAUUUUCAAAACUGGAGCAUUUAAAGUCGUUCCAAGAGGAAGGCAUGAUUUAAGCUAGUAUUAGGUUUAGUUACGACAUUGUUUAACCCUAACCCUUGUUUAAUAUGCUAGACGUUGCAUUAUGUAUUUAUGUAUUUCUUAGCCUAUUUGUAUUAUCAUGUCUGUAUGUACGAAACUGAAACAAUAAAUUUAGCUAACGCUUGCGUAAAAAAUUUAA